AUUUCAGCUCACAGCAUUGCCGGAUCGCAACGAAAAGCUGCUCAGCUGUUAGAAGCGUUUGACUUUUUUUUGACUUUGAUACAUUUUCUUAAGCGCAAUUGCAAUAUAAUUUGCAAUUGCUUUAGGAACAAUGCGCGAUGUGCCGAAAUCUCUCGGUCUCUCGGUCACAACUCCAGGCGGCAGUUCGGGUGCUCCGGACACUGGACGCCACAACAGCUUGGAGGAGAUCAAUCUGGACCAGUUCCUGAAGACGUCCAACUAUGAGGACACAGUGAAGCAGCUGGACAUCUACUAUGGCAUCGUCAAGCGUCAACUGCUGCGCUACCAGAGUCCGAUCACCGGAUUAUUUCCCGUGAUGAGCACCGACCAGGUGGUGGGAUCCGUGCGGGACAGUGUGUAUUGCGCAUCCGCCGUGUGGAGCUUGUACCAGGCCUACAGGCGGAUUGAUGACGACCGCGGAAAGUCCUACGAACUGGGCCAGAGCACCGUGAAGUGCAUGCGAGGCAUUCUGGAGUGCUGGGUCAAGCAGGCUUCGCGGGUGGAGCUCUUUAAGCAGCGCCAGUCCAAUCAGCACGCCCUGCACAGCAAGUUCCAGCUGCACACUGGAGAGAAGAUCUAUCCGGAUGAGUUUUACAAUCACCUGCAGAUCGAUUGCGUUUCCCUCUAUCUGUUGUUCCUUGUCCAGAUGAUAACCUCUGGCCUGCAGAUCAUUUACACCCACGACGAGGUGGCCUUUGUCCAGAAUCUUGUGUACUAUGUGGAGCGCGCCUAUCGUACGCCCGACUUUGGCAUGUGGGAGCGAGGCUCCAAAUAUAACAAUGGCACCCCAGAGAUCCAUGCCUCCUCCAUAGGCAUGGCCAAGUCCGCCUUGGAGGCCAUUAACGGAUGCAAUCUUUUCGGCGAGAAAGGAGCUUCGUGGAGCGUUGUCUAUGUGGAUAUUGAUGCCCACAACCGUAAUCGCAGUAUUUUCGAAACCAUGCUGCCAAGAGAGUCCAGCUCAAAGGGAGUUGAUGCUUCACUGCUUCUCACCCUUUCCUUCCCAGCCUUUGCCUCGCACGAGGACCGCCUGGUGGAGCAGACCAAACAAAAUGUUGUGAAUCGAUUGCGCUGCAAAAUGGGAUUCAAGCGCUUCACCCGGGAUGGAUUCCUCAGUAAAAACGAGGACAAAUCACGCCGCUAUUAUCACUCUGGCGAGCUAAAGGAAUUUGAAGGCCUGGAAUGUGAAUGGCCGCUCUUUUUCAUAGCCAUGAUUAUCGAUGGCGUGUUCAAGAAUAACAAUGAACAAAUCGAAGAGUUCCAAAACGAUCUGAGACGCUGUUUGCGUACGGACGUCAAUGGAGAUCCUGUGGUGACCAUGUACUAUGCGCCCGAUGGAGAUGGCUCCUACAUGCGUGCUCCAUCGCAAUCGCUGUUCCUCUGGGGACAGUCCUUCUUUAUCAUAGCCCAGCUGCUGACCGCCGGACUCCUACACAUCAAUGAAUUAGAUCCAAUCCGCCGAUACUUGCCAAGCUAUAAUCGGCCCAGAAGGGCGGGUCGCUAUUCGGCUUUCCAGGCUAAACCGGGCACUGGCACUGCCACUGAUCUUGUGGUGCAGAUUGUCCUGAUUGCCGAGUCCAUGCGACUGCAGGCUAUGAUGGCCACCUAUGGCAUUCAAACACAGACGCCACAUGAGGUCGAACCUGUGCAAAUUUGGAGCUCCACCGAGCUCAUAAAAGUAUAUCAACAUCUCGGUGUCAACAAUAAGGUUGGCCUAUCUGGUCGUCCAUCCAGACCUGUGGGUUCUUUGGGCACCAGCAAGGUGUAUCGCAUCUGUGGCAUGACCGUUCUCUGCUACCCACUUAUCUUUGAGGUCUCCGACUUUUAUCUCUACCGGGACAUGGCUCUACUAAUUGAUGACAUCAAGACAGAGCUGCAGUUUGUGGGCAAGUACUGGCGAUUAUCGGGCAGACCAACAGUUUGUUUGCUUAUCCGGGAGGAGCAUAUGCGUGAUCCGCAAUUCAAGGAGAUGCUUGACCUGCUGGCUAUGCUCAAAAAGGGCUACUGCGAUGGCAUGAAAGUUCGCAUCGGUCGUCUACAGAAUCUGAUUAGCAGCUCGUGCAUCGAGCAUCUUGACUUUAUGAACCAAAGCGAUCUGACCGACAAUGAGAAUGCUUUCUCGCAGAUAAACCAUGAGUACAUUGGCUACCAAUCGCUAACAGAUGUGCCCAAAGCUCUGACAUAUGUGGAGGAAAAGAUUUCCGUUGCGCACUUCGACACCAAACCCACGCCGGAUAUCAUCAACGCACUACGUAGCACGGAUUCCAUUUACUGUUUGUGCCAAUUGUGGGGUAUUAUUCUCAACCGCGAGGGUCCUCACUUUGAGGUAAACGGUCUGAACGUAAACACGGCUUUAACGCAGCUUUACCACCGAGCUGGUUCCCUGCGCUACUGGCGUGCCGUGCGAUACUGCUCUUCCCUUCUUCACCACAUUGUGGACUCUAUUAGUCCAUUUAUCACCACUGUUUUGGUGAAUGGAAAGGAACUCACAGUGGGAAUCAUUGGCCAGAAGGAGACAGUGUUCGAUAAGCCCAUGACGCCGGCGGAGAUUCAAAAUGUCAUGUACACGAGUGUCCAACCAUACGACGUCAUCCAGGCGGUGUUGCAGCAGGAAGUGGUUCUGUAUUGUGGCCGAUUAAUAGCGACCAAUCCAUCCAUGUUCCGUGGAAUACUAAAAAUUCGCAUUGGUUGGGUGCUGGAGGCCAUGCGAAUCUAUUUACAAAUCUCAGGACAACAGAGCAUUGAUGUGGACAAUCUUUCGCCCUUCCAAGUUCGCAUACUUCUUCAGAAAGUUUUAACUGUCAGCGAAUGGGCUGUAGAAGAAAAGCUUACUACCCUACAACGUCGUCAACUGGAAGGAUGCUUGUGCCGUGUGCCAAAACAUUUUUAUAACAAAAUCUGGGAAAUCCUUCAGCGAACCCCUCAGGGCAUUCUUACCCAGGGACAUCAUUUGCCAGCCACGCCCACACUAACCAACAUGAGCCGCGGCGAGUUGACCUUUAAUCUGCUAGUCGAGGAAACUCUGAUUUGCAUUGACCGCCCAGAGAGGCGUCAGAUAACCGUGGAGCUUCUGUGCAUUGUGGCCACCAUUCUUAAUCGUAAUCCCGAGCUGCACUUCAAACAAGCUCUCGACUUGGACGGCAUCUUGGCGGAAGCGUUUGCAAUGUACUGCAAGGACAACAACAUACAGCAUCAACCAAAGCCGGAUCAUGAGCAGACCAAAAAUGAGGAUCUCAAAGCUUUCUAUUCGUUGCCAUAUUCCGAGACUACGGGUUAUUUGGCUCGCGCCGCAGUCAACAAGGUUUUGCAGGGUGGCAUCUUCUCCACCAAUGAAGAGGAUGUUCAGCUCGACGGCGAUCGUUUGCACGACGACAACUGUAAGGUAUCCUAAGCAGAGGAACGCCGGAUCUAGAUUAUGUACAUAGCACAGUUUUCACAUAUCUUCGUUGCACUGACCCACCAUUAGCUCGAAUGUUGUAGCUAUUUUAUUCUGUUAUUCUUAUUUAACUUGUCUCUCUCUGUGUCCCUCGCCGUUCGUUUAGUUCUUAAUUAAAUGUUAUGUAUAUUUUGUUGCAAUAA